GCUGGUUUUGUGUUGUCACAAGAACAACAACCGCCGGCAUAUCAUCUCAAAAUGCAUCCUCCAGAGUCGGCAUCCCAGGCCGUCACGCUGGCCCAGGAGCUUGUCGAGCGAUGGCCAUACGCCGCGUCUGCCACCGCUGCAAUCGUCGCAGGCCUGCUGGCCCAGUACUUACUCAAGCCAGAUCCUCUGGCCGGUUUCCCCAUCGUGGGAAAGGGUAGUGUCCAUAAGCGGCGCAAGUAUUUUGUCUCCGGCAGAGCCCGCGAGCUCUAUUUCGAGGGGUAUCGUCAGUUGUACAAUGCGACCAACGCUGCGUUCCGGAUCACAACCUCCAGAGAAACCGAGGUCGUGGUGAUAGAUCCCAAAUACGCCAAGGAGCUUGCGAAACUGCCAGACAACUUUCUGAGCUUCAACAAGGCUGUCGAAGAGACUAUGCAAGAAAAGUUCACGCACGUCUCGGGGAACGGUGGCGCGUAUCUCCCGCACACCAUCAAGGCAAACCUGACACCAGCUCUCGGCCGUCUCAACCCCGUGCUGGCCAAGGAAGUGCGCGAGUCAAUGGAACUUGAGCUGCCCCAGACAUCAGAGUGGACCGAGUUCAUCCUCAGCCCUAAGCUCUAUCGUAUUGUUGCCAUGGCCUCGGGCCGCAUCUUUAUUGGUGCCGAGCUGUGCCGGCAGGAGGAAUACCUUGAUGCCGCCAUCAACUACACGAUCGAGGUCAUGACUGCCGUGUUUCUCAUCCAGAUGAUGCCGACCUGGCUUCGUCCCAUCUUGGCGCCGUGGAUCCCGCAUGUCCGGAAGCUCGAGAAGCAGCGCCAGAGGGCAAAGGACUUCCUCGUCCCCAUCAUCACGGCUCGGAGGAAAGCCGCGGCCGAGGACCCCAACUACCAGCCCCCAGACGACAUGCUGCAGUGGAUGGACGACGACCUGACCAAGCAGCAGGGCAAGCGGCCGACAGUCGAGGAUCUCGCGAUCCAACAGCUGGGUAUCAGCUUCGCAGCGAUCCACACCACGACCAUGACGGUGACGAACGUCAUCUAUACCCUCGCCUCCAUGCCUGAACUCGUGCCGGUGUUGAGAGAAGAUGUCCGACAAGCCCUCGAGGAGACCGAUGGCGAGUUCACCAGCUUGGCUCUGCAGAACAUGAAGAAGCUCGACAGCUUCAUGAAGGAGAACCUUCGCUUCUACUCCAUGUCCGCUUCCUCCUUCCAGCGCAAGGUCCUGCAGCCCUUCCAGCUGUCCAACGGCCAAGUGAUCCCUGCCGGAGUCAUCAUCGAGCUCCCGAGCUGCGCUGUCAACGCAGACGCCAGCGUCUUCCCGGACCCGGAGAAGUUCGACCCCAUGCGCUACUACAAGCUCCGGCAGUCAAAGGAGGGACCCGGCGGCGACGAGGCAGACGAGGCAGACCCAGACAAGAAAGUCGCCAAGCUCUCGGGAGCCAAGGCCGCCGAGGUCACGGCCAGCAGCCAGUUUGUCAGCGUCUCGCCGUCGAGCCUGACUUUUGGGCUCGGCCGCCACGCCUGUCCGGGCCGGUUUUUCGCGGCCAACGAGAUCAAGAUGAUCAUGUCGGUCAUGCUGAUGCACUACGACAUAGCCCUGCCCGAGGGCGAGACGGCGAGGUUUCCCAACUUGACUUUUGGCCAUACUUCUGCUCCUGACCCGAAGAGGCUGGUGCGCAUGCGGAAGCUGGCGGACAUGUAGAUUAUUGCAAAAGCUCAGCAACUUUCGAGCCUGUUGUGUGUGGUGUGAAGUCCGUGGGUGGUGUCACUUGAUGGGUUCGGGGGAGACCGUGGACUAUGGGACAGAAGACUGCACGAAGUUUAUAUACCCCCUCUUGUGAGAAUCGCUGAGAAGUCCCCGAGCGGCAAGCCAUUCGCUCUGCUAUUUAUAGUUGGAUGAUAAAUUCCAUUGGAGCAUGCACGCGAU